AUGUCUGAAGGUAUUACUGAAGUUGAAGAAUCCCAAAUCCAAACCAACUACGACAAGGUUGUCUACACUUUCGAUGACAUGAACUUAGAUGAAAAACUUUUAAGAGGUGUCUACGGUUACGGUUUCGAAAACCCAUCUGCUAUUCAACAACGUGCUAUCAUGCCAAUUAUUGAAAGCCAUGAUGUUUUAGCUCAAGCUCAAUCUGGUACUGGUAAGACCGGUACUUUCUCCAUCGCUGCUUUACAAAGAAUUGACACUUCUAUUAAAGCUCCACAAGCUUUAAUGUUAGCUCCAACCAGAGAAUUAGCUUUACAAAUACAAAAGGUUGUUAUGGCUUUAUCCUUCCACAUGGACGUUAAGGUCCACGCUUGUAUUGGUGGUACUUCUUUCGUUGAAGAUGCUGAAGGCUUAAGAGACGCCCAAAUCGUCGUUGGUACCCCAGGUAGAGUUUUCGAUAACAUACAAAGAAGAAAGUUCAAGACCGACAACAUCAAGAUGUUCAUCUUAGAUGAAGCCGAUGAAAUGUUAUCCUCUGGUUUCAAGGAACAAAUUUACCAAAUUUUCACCAUGUUACCACCAACUACCCAAGUCGUCUUAUUAUCUGCUACUAUGCCAAGUGACGUCUUAGAAGUUACCACUAAGUUCAUGAGAAACCCAGUCAGAAUUUUAGUCAAGAAGGACGAAUUAACUUUAGAAGGUAUCAAACAAUUCUACGUUAACGUUGAAGAAGAGCAAUACAAAUACGAAUGUUUAACUGAUUUAUACGAUUCUAUCUCCGUUACCCAAGCCGUCAUUUUCUGUAACACCAGAAGAAAGGUCGAAGAAUUAACUCAAAAGUUAACUGCUGAUAACUUCACCGUUUCCUCAAUCUACUCUGACUUACCACAACAAGAAAGAGACACCAUCAUGAAGGAAUUUAGAAGUGGUUCUUCCAGAAUCCUGAUCUCUACUGAUUUAUUAGCUAGAGGUAUCGAUGUUCAACAAGUUUCUUUAGUUAUCAACUACGAUCUACCAACUAACAAAGAAAACUAUAUUCACAGAAUUGGUAGAGGUGGUCGUUUCGGUAGAAAGGGUGUUGCCAUCAACUUCGUUGUUAACGAAGAUGUUGGUGCUAUGAGAGAAAUCGAAAAGUUCUACUCUACUCAAAUCGAAGAAUUACCAUCCGAUAUUGGUUCUCUAUUUGCUUAA